CACUGCUGCUGUACACAAUACCAUUUAUGGGCUGCGCGUCUCAGCCUGUUACGUGUGUAUAGGGACUUUCCCGUUUGUGGCGCUGAGCGGCCUACUGCACGAAACGCGCUCCACACUCGCCGAAGGAAUGGCCGAGCGCUCCGGGGAUGAAGAGGGCUGGAAGUGCCCAAACUGCAGUCUAAAGCUACCCACUGGUAGAUUGGCUGGGAUGCAAUACUGCCCCGGCUGCGAAACAGACGUCCGUGUUAGGACACCGCGUGCACCGCUCCAGCCUUCGGGGAGUGGAGCGCUCGCAUCUUCGAGUGAUUCACCCAGACGUGCUGGAACUGAAGGAGAUCCGGCAGGGGAUGUAGGGAAUACGCAAAGUCCUGGUGAUGCAGCAGUUCCAUCAGCUGCGGCUGCUCCGCGGACGUCACCCGCCCUACCACCUGGACAAGAAACAACAGCUUCAGGAGGUCUCGAUGGCAGUAACCCCCCUCAUAAGGACAGUGCAGCCCCAAAUCUAGUUUAUAGCGCGAAGAAGAAGGCAAAUGAAAACGAAAGUCCAAUUGAAGAGACUGGAGCUGGGAAUGGAAAUGAGGAAUUUUUUGAUGCCAGUGAUGUCACAGGCAGAGAACCAAGACAAGAAGAAGGUGGCAAGAUGACUACUAGACACCAGAUGGCGGAAAUUGCAAGACAUAAGAAAGAAGAGGAACGCAGAGUUGAGCUUCAGCAGAGACAGGAGGCAAAGGUAAAAACUGAGCAACAGAAAGCCGAGGACCGGAGAAAAGAACAAGAACAGCGACAAAGAUUACAAAAUCGACAGCUGUCUCCCACUGUAAACGAUCCACUUCAAUCUCCAGAGAAUGAGGGCAAGGAUGAUAACACUGGUGGUGGAGCACCCAGUGGAGAAGGUAUCGGUCGUGGACGUGGGGCACAUGGUAAGGGUAGUGAGACCACUGGUGGUGGAGCACCCGGUGGAGAAGGUGUCGGUCGUGGACGUGGGGCACAUGGUAAGGGUAGUGAGACCACUGGUGGUGGAGCACCCGGUGGAGAAGGUGUCGGUCGUGGACGUGAGGCACAUGGUAAGGCCAGUGAGACCACUGGUGGAAGUGUCCAUGAGGGCGAAAGUGGAACCAACAAAGGUGUCAGGGGCAGGGGAAGAGGGAAGGGUGGAGAUAGUGUUGGAAGGGGUAAGGGGAGAGGUGGUGCUGGGAGAGGUGAAGAUGGAGAAGGUGUAGGUCAAGGUGCUGGGAGGGGCAGUGGUGGAUAUAGUGGAGGAGAUGAUGGAGCCAGUGAGAGAACUAGGGCAUACAAAAGGGGCCUGUUGCCUGAUACUUCUCAAUUGAAGAGGAGAAGAAUAACUCGGAAGCAUAAUAGGGAGGAGCAGGAUGAUCAACAGCAGAAAAGCUUGCAGGAUUUCAGUUCACCUGGGCUAGUGAAGAGUCUUGUUGUUAAACAUUAUUCUUCAUCUUCGGAUGAUGAUUUAGAGACACAGGCUUAUAGAAAACCAGAGGAAGCAGAAGGCCUCUUUCCUGGCACUAAGAACAAACCCAGCCCUGGUAAUAAAGACAAAUCAUCGUCGGCUCAGACUGAAAGUGCUUCAGCCAUAAAGAAGGAGCGGAUAGAGUCACCCAAGUAUGACUAUAAGAAGCACCCACAGAAAAUGACAGAUACCUUGACAGGGCUGAAUGCUAAAAAAUCGGUUGCAGUGACUUUUCACUGCAUCUUGCCUAAGCCAUUGUGGGAGUGGGAUAAACACUCAUGUAUGUACAUGAGGUUUGAAUGUUUUGCCCUUGGAAAAUGGAAUACUGAUGUAGGAGAGUUCAAAGAAUAUCGGCAAUUGGGUGAUGGUACUUGUGAGAUGGUGUGCACUUUGAACAUUCGUGCUAACCUGCUCAGUUCAACAUGGGGUUAUAAGUAUGUUGUGUACUCACCAAAAAUGGUCAGUGGAGAUGACUGCUUCGAGUACCUGCAUUCAUUUGCUGGAAAACACUCUUAUGACAAAGACCCUAAUCGGUGCCUGAAGAUCAAUGGAGCUGAUCUUAAUAGAACCGAAUAUCAUCAGUACGACUUCUUUGUGUAUCCUAAAUUAACAAGCAUUGAUAAGGGUGUUUUUGGCCGAGUCUUGGAGGGUGGAGUUGGGAUAUUAAAAAAUUUGUUUAAUGUCCAAAGUGAAACUGCCACAGAAGAUGGCUUCACUCCUCCCUCUACUGAGGAAAUGAUGGCUAUCCUCCCAGAUUUCAAACUUGAUGAAUUUGUGAGACAAGUUAAACAUAUAUUUAAACAGCACAGCGAGCCGGUGGUGCAGCACUCCCAUAAUCCAUGUACAACUGUUGCAGUUGAUAUAACAGAUGAGUUUAGAGGUUGGCUCGAAGAGGUCACGAAGCACCUGCAAAAUGUUGUCAAUCCUCUUUGUCGUUUUAUUUCCUCCGUGUGCCUUGCAUGCUGUGCUUUGGAUUGCUUCAUCAUCAAAUUAAAACGAGAAGAGUUUGUGCAUCCACUGCUCCAAAUGCUCCGGGUGAUACCCAACCUGGAAAACAAAAUCAUCCCCAACUAUACCUAUUUGUUGGGUGUUACAAGCUACAGAUUAAGAGUUUCUCAAGCUCUUUUGCAUCUCUGUAAAGCUGCAAUGAGGUUUAAUGCCUAUUGGGACUGGCUCUAUGUCGUGCCACUGUGUCACUUCUUGUCUGGUUCUUGUGAGCCGUUUGGUAAUCCGACCGACAUCUCAAGGGAGUUUGGUGCUCGAGCUGACGAUUUUGACUACAAAGACCUGCGGAGAAAAGUCACAACUGGGUUUGUUAGCAGUCUCUACACUCCGCUGGAACCAUAUUUUGCUGCUGAUCCAUUACUUCUGUGUGACUUCGUGUACCUCUGCCCUGAGGGUGAUCUUACAGUGCUCUUUGGAAAAGUUCCUGCACACAUGUCCCUAACUCGGAUGGAAGACAUAUGUAUUUCUACUGCAAAUGGGGCACAACAGUUGCUGAAGCUGCUCCUCUCCGAACUGCAUAAAACAGACAAUCAAGUUGAUGUCAUAAAGUUGUCUAUUACCUUGCUACUCUAUGCAAUUUGUAAAAUGGAGAUUCUUGUUGGUCAGAAGAAACUCCAUGAAGCAGAGAUAGAUAAGGCAUUCACAACGUGUGGGAAAGCUCUCCAAGAGUGGGUGAAGCGGCGUGGUGUGAUUGGAGAGGGUGGGAGCUCCUUUGGAUAUAAAAGAGAGAGUCAAAUGAAAAUGCUCUACGGCUCAGUCGAGUUAAAGGUUCCAAAGAGCAACAAGAUAGGCCUAGUGUACCUGCUGGAGGAGGAUGGUGAGGAGCAGGUUCAUCCAACUAUAUCCAGCAUCUUCAUGGAAGCAGCUACUGAGGCUAUCCAAAACAUGUCAGAUUAUGGAACUCUUCCUAAUUUUGGCGAGUCAGAGAGAAUUGGUAAACUCUAUGGAAAUAUUUUUCUGAAGAAGUACCCUCAUCUCAGUUCCGAAAAAUUUUCGGUUCAGCUUGAUGACCUUCUGAGCUGGCCUUACUGGCCUAAUUUCAUCAAGAUAUACAGUGGAUCGUCUAAGGCCAAGGAUGGCUUACCCUGA